AUGCAUCCACCCGAAGAUGUCGCAGGGGUCCGUCGCCUGCUAGGCCUCGUCAACCACAUCAGACGCUUCUUACCUCACGUUUCGGAGGCGACUGCGCCGAUCCGAGCAUUGCUGCUCAAGAACUCUACCUGGACUUGGGGCCCGCCGCAGCAGUCGGCCUUCUCCGAACUGAAGAAGCUACUGUGCUCAGACCACUGCGUGGCUCGCUACAACACCACACACAAGACCACGAUCUCAGCUGACGCCAGCUCCUAUGUUCUCGCGGCAGUACUUCUCCAAGAACAGCCGUCCGGUGAGCGUAGAGCCAUCGCUUUCGCAUCGCGCUCCCUCACAUCCACAGAACGCCGGUACGUCCAAACAGAAAAAGAAGCUUUGGCGGCCAGCUGGGCGGUGCAAAGGUUCGAGGAAGACGUCCGUGGGCUUCAAUUCUUGCUCAAGACGGACCAUCAACCUCUGGUGGCACACUUGGGCUCCAUGGAUGUUGACCUACUGCCACCACGGGUCCAGCGGUUUCGCUUGAAGCUUAUGCGUUUCCAGUACCAAAGGUACUGGAAGUACCAAGCAGACCUCAGCGUCUCCGAGGGACUGCUUCUGAAAGGGUCCCGCAUCCUCGUGACGUCUGCCCUUCAGCGCCACAUGCUCGAGCUUCUUCAUGACAGGCAUCAAGGCAUCAACAGAUGCAAAGCUUUAGCUCAGGAGUCGGUCUGGUGGCCGGGCAUCAACAACCAGAUAGAAACAUUCGUGUGUAACUGCCACACGUGUGCCGAAACGAGGGUGCAGCACUCGGAGCCCAUGCUGCCCUCAAGCACUCCAUGUCGGCCCUGGGAAGCGGUCGGCAUCGACCUUUUUCACCUCAAUGGCCAAGACAUUGUCCUUCUGGUGGAUUACCGGUCAUGCUUCCCGGAAAUCAUCAGUCUACGUUCAACCACAGAACUAGGGCGAUCUGGCGGCAACGGUCCUCAGUUUGCUGUGAAAGAGUUCUCCGCCUUCGCCAAGUCCUACGACUUCUGCCACGUCACCAGCAGCCCCCAUUUUCCACAGUCAAAUGGUGAGUUCGAACGGAUGGUGAGGACAGUCAAAGACAAGUUGCGUAAGGCGGAUGAUCCCUAUCUGCCACUUUUGGCAUACCGGGACACACCUGGGGUAAAUGGAGUGAGUCCUGCUCAGAUGCUCGUGAGUAGGCGCCUACAGACCCGGCUGCCGAAGACGUCGCACCUGCUCAAGCCACCCUGGCCUCCUUCGGUCACAAUCAGUCAACGUGACCAAGACAACCGGAAGCGCCAAGCGUCAGACUUCAACCGAAGACACGCAGCUCACACCUUGUGGCCUCUUCAGGCUGGAGAGCGGGUAUGGGGGCAAGAUGUCAACUCCCCAGCAACCGUCUUAGGGCCAGCUCAACGCCCGCGCUUCUACGUGGUGAAGACUCCGAUGGGUGUACUUCAGCGUAACCGGAUGCACCCGGUGCCAACGACGGGAACCCCCACUGCCAACCCACCUGGAACCCCUGUGGCGGAUCAGCCCGAGGCGACUACGACGCCGGAGCUGACCAAGCAGCACAAGACCAGCAAACCGCGUCGCCUCGGGAAAGCACCUCCAUUACAGAGGAACCUCGGGGUUCAACUUCUACGUCACGUGUCUCGCGGUAUGGCAGGAGGAUCCCCAGGCCGAAAAGACUCGACCUGUUAA